AUGCCGAAUCACAGACACCCAAGCCGCUACGGUGUGCCCUUCACCGGCCUCCCCCUGUUCGAAGAGGCAAUCUUCGGCAUCUAUAUAUCUCCCGAGUCCUGUGAAGAUAUAUCUUGGCUGCGGAGGAGAUCCGACAAGAAGCUCCGAACAAGUUAUCCCGACUCAAAUUCGACGGCGAAUGCCGCCGGCAUCCCUGAUAAGGAACCCAACAAACCGAUGGAAGCUGAAUCAGAUACGUCAUCUGCCACUACAUCCUCUUCGGAAGAUGACCUUAUUCCCAACCGCGCCCCGCACGUUGCUAUUGCUCCGGUGAAGGGAUCUACGUCUGCGCAGACUCGAAAGAACCAGUUUGCCGCUUCUGCUCCAGUAGCUCCACUGCCUCAAAGCACUAGCCGAAUCACUCGACGCCGGUCCUCACAGGAUUCCUCCAACCCCGUGAGAAGAAUAUCCUUGAGCCAGCCAGCUGGCCAGUUGUCGACAAAUCUGACAAGUCUGAGGAUGUCUCAGCCUAUUUCUCAAAGUCAGCCCUCAACGAGACGACUUUCAAUUCAUCGCCACUUCUCUCUGUCCAAGGAUAAACCUGUUCUUGAACGACCACUCGAGGAUACCAGUUCCGCAACAGACAGCUCUGAUGAGUCGGAAGAUCCCAUCGCUACCAUGAGCAGAGAAGAUCGUCCUCGUUCGUCUCAGCAAUCAAUAUGUUCCGCCAAAUCUGACCUGCGAGAUGCACCGCAUCCUACUGAGCCUCUGCCAAUGGAUGUGCCACCAAUGGGAGAAGACGAACUCUGUUCUGAGCUCACAAAAUCUGACCAACCCAAGGAUGACGCCGAUCUCUCCAUAUCUGCGGAGGAUGUUCAAAUGAAGGAUGAUGGUAUAUCUACGCCCCUGGAGCUUACAAAAACAGGAAUUAGCGAUAUCACCACCCCUGUAAAGGGCGGUAUCCUCGCGAAGAAUGACAACAAGCUCGACUUGCAUGAAUCUGAUACCACCAAGGGCUCAAGCGAUUCACCUAGUUUUAGUGCCUCUGGAAUUGCGGACGUCUCAACCACGCUCGUGGAAGAUGAGUCCAAGGCCAUCUUGUGUGCAUUGGAGAUUCAUCCCAAGGAGAGCGCCUCGCCGAUGAAAGGCUCAGUCGUCUCUGAUACGAAGAAUAUUAAGGAAGACCCCGAACUGCAAAGUCCAGGCUUACAGGAUAACAAGGUGGAAUUAUCGUCGCUUCAAUCCUCACCUCCAUCACAGACGCCCAGAAAAUACGAUAUCAAACCCCCCGCCCAGACCCCAGACCUGCGGAUUAAGCCGGAAGACCAGAGUCCCUGGAUGGAAGAGCCGGAUCGGCCCGUUGUUGAGGAGACUAAUCAGGAAAGGGGAGCAUCAGGAAGUGAGGGAACGGUAGCUCGGGCGACGCCAGAUCUGCUGGAAACACGAGAGGAACAGUCACAGUCCAUCAUUAUUCCGGAAGAAGCGCAAAGCCCAUGGACGAAGGAUCCCUCGCAGCGAGUCGAGGUGAAUAACGCUGUGGUCGAACACUCGAGCCCUCAACUUCCAGAGACAGCUCCGCGGGACGUACAAGUUGAAGCUGCGUCUGACCCAGUAGAGAACGCGCCAAACCCACCUUCAGACGUCUCGAAUGCCAACUUCUCCAUCCGGUCCUUUUCGAGUUUCAUGACGCCUCCGGCGAAACCACGGUUUGCCAACGUCCCUGGUUUCGAUGGGCGCCUUCCCCAGACACCCAUUCUUCUCGAUGCUGCACUGGACAACCCAUGGCAAAGCAAUUCCCACCCGAAGAAGAAGCGCGUCUCUUGGGCACCACUACCUCAUGAAGAGACGCCCGAUGCCAGAGAGUCAAAUCCGCCACCUUCCUCGCACUCCCGGUUUAGCCGCGCCUCACCUCCACCUGCCGAGCCUAUUCCAGACGAGGUCGAAGGAGACGGAGAGGCAUUUAGGAAGCACUUUGUCCUUGUCAAGCGCCGCGCCGACCCCUUGAGACAGCGUCUACUCCCCUCAGCAUCGCAGCAGACCCAGAGAAGCCCUCAGACGGAUGCCAUGGCACAGGCGUUCCUUACGGCGGACCAUGUGGUUCCACAGGCCGGACAGCUUAAGGGGGAUAAGGAGAACGUGGAACAAGAGCCCGUCGAUGAUGUUGACGCCGUGUUGGGGAAUCUUAAUGAGUUCCUGGAUACAUGGGAUCUUGAUGCUGACCUUGAGAGGUCAAGGACGAGCUUGGGAUCUCACGACGCAGGCGCUGCGGCUAACCGCAUGCUUCUUGAUCCGGAAAUCGGUGGGUGGUAA